GUGGUGCCGGAAUGGCAUAAAGCUUACAUGGAUUACAAUUUUCUCAAGUCUCAAUUAAAAGAAAUCAUCAAAUUCAAACGCAAAAACAACCCUCACGGUCACGGCCAUCAUCACGGAGAAGGUCUUCGCCGGAAGUUGACUCUGCACCGAUCAUUCAGCGGUUUACUCUCAACGCCGGGACUAAAGAGACACCACCACGGCGGACACGGACACGGUGGUGGACAGAUCGGUCAUUCCUCAGAUUACGACGGAGACAUCGAGGAAGGAUUGAAGUCAGCGCCGAUUCUGGUGCACUCAGCGAGUCACGGCUACCAGACGACGUUUCUGAUGGCGGCCGAGCAAGGAGGAGAGUACGAGACGGUGUUUUUCCGGCGAUUAGACGACGAAUUCAACAAAGUGGAGAAAUUCUAUAAAGAGAAAGUUCAAGAAGUGAAAAAAGAAGCUAUGAGGCUUAACGCAGUGAGGGCUGGAGCUCAGUCUCACAUGGAGGUAAUCCAGGAAGGAGGAUCGAGCAAAGCUGGUAAAUCCGACGAAGAUGACGAUGAUAUCGUCGUCUCCGACGUGGCGGCCGGCGACAUAAGUCGACUGAAAGCUGCGAGGCCAUCUCCGAUCGAGGUUUUGGAUCGAGUUAAGAUCAAUCACACCAAGGAUACGCCUCGGUCCACCAUUAAAGGCGUUCUCCAGCUCUCGAACACGGAGACUAAUUAUACCAGAGAUAAUCUGAGGGGUUACGAGAAGACGCUCAGGCGCGCCUUCGUCGAGUUCUACCAGAAGCUUCGGCUACUCAAGAGCUACAGCUUUCUGAAUGUGUUGGCGUUUUCGAAGAUACUGAAGAAGUAUGAUAAGAUAACUUCGAGGCAUGCGAGAGAGUGUUACAUGAAGAUGGUUGAUAACUCUAACCAUGGAAGGUCUAAUGAGGUGAUAAGACUCAUGGAGCGUGUUGAAGCUUCGUUCAUAAAGCACUUCACAAAUGAUAACAGAUCAAUAGGAAUGAAAAUCUUAAGACGUGAAGCUAAAAGAGAGAGACAUCGUAUUACAUUCUCCACAGGUUUCUUGGGCGGAUGCGUUUUUUCACUAGUAGUGGCUCUAGUCGCCAUCAUACGCACCCGACACAUUUUGCACGAAGGCCAAGAACAGUACAUGAACACUAUGUUCCCUCUUUACAGCUUGUUUGGGUUCAUCGUGCUGCACAUACUAAUGUAUGCUGGAAAUAUAUACUAUUGGAGGCGGUAUCGAGUGAAUUAUUCUUUCAUAUUGGGGUUCAAGCAUGGAACUGAACUUGGCUAUAGACCAGUUCUACUUGUGGGAUUCAGCAUUGGAGUCUUAGCGCUUCUUUGUGUUAUUGCCAAUCUCGACAUGGAGGUUGACCCCGAAACUAAAGAAUACAAAGCACUAACCGAACUUCUUCCUCUUUUCCUCCUCAUUGUUCUGUUUAUAGUCCUAAUCUUACCAUUCAACAUAAUCUAUCGCUCGAGUCGCUUAUUCUUCCUCACAUGCCUCUUUCACUGCCUUGCUGCUCCUCUCUACAAGGUAACUUUACCUGAUUUCUUGUUGGGCGAUCAGCUAACAAGUCAGGUGCAAGCUCUUCGAAGCAUCCAGUUUUACAUAUGUCACUACGGUUGGGGAGAUUACAAACAUAGAAUGAACACUUGCACAGACUCAGAUGCCUACAAUGCUUUCUUAUUCAUUGUUGCUGUCGUCCCAUACACCUGGCGUCUCCUUCAGUGCAUGAGGCGGCUGUUUGAAGAGAAAAACGCAGAACAAGGAUACAAUGGCCUCAAGUACUUCUUGACUAUAGUGGCUGUUUGCUUGAGGACGGCUUACAGUGUCGUCGACGAGGAUCAUCAAUUUGUCUGGAGAAUGUUGGCUGUGAUCUUCUCAGCUAUUGCUGCCAUUUUCUGUACUUACUGGGACUUAAUCUAUGAUUGGGGUCUUCUCAACAGGACAUCCAAGAACCGUUGGCUCAGGGAUAAACUCCUUAUCCCGCAAAAGAAAGUCUACUUCAUCGCCAUGAUCUUGAACAUCUUGCUCAGAUUCGCGUGGCUACAGACCGUGCUGGAUUUCAACUUCUCCUUCAUGCACAGACAGACGAUGGUUGCUGUUGUUGCCAGCCUAGAGAUUAUCCGCCGUGGGAUAUGGAAUUUCUUCAGGUUAGAGAACGAGCAUUUGAACAAUGUUGGGAAGUACAGAGCGUUCAAGACGGUUCCAUUACCGUUUAACUACGACGAGGAUGACGACAAGGACAACUAAUGAUAUAAUUAGAUGGAAUCAAACAAAGGAAGGAUGAAUACUGCAUAACUAUUUGGAGACAAAAUAUUGGGAUUCUGCCAAAUUGAUGUUUGCACCGUGCACAUCAAUACUUGAAGUAGAAGGCAAAGCUUUAUUGAUGUAUCUCAAGCAUGGGAUAUGAUAAUAUUUUUUUUUUUUGGUUAAAUAUAUGAUAAUAUUUGUUACGAAGGAGAUUGUCUCUUGUCACUGAAUUUGUAAAUCUAGUUGAAGAUAUAAAGCUUUGGAGUAUAAAAUUCAAGAAUUUGAACUUUAA